AUAUAUAUGAUAGAAUAGUCUUUUUGAUUCGUUAAUAGUCAAAAUCACGUGCAUUUCAUUUUUAAUAAUAAUCAUUUAGUUUAAGAAAGUGUGUAUAUUCGUGGAAAUUUUGUUUCCUGUUCAGCGAUUCUAAUAUUUUAUUAGGAUUAUUGUGAAUGUCAUGUUGUGAAUAUCUAUGUUAUUGAUUUUAUCUUAUUGGUAUAAUUUUCAUAGGUUCUAAUUUCCUAUACACGAAAGCAAUUUUAUGUAUUUUUAAAGAGACAUUUAUAUAUGACGUUUAUAACUCUUAACUACGAUUGACAUCAUGUUUUUGUCUCCACUUACAUCAAAUGGAGUUAAGGCGUUUUUGUCUGUAGAUACAUGGACUGAGGUAAUUUUGAUUUCAAGUAAAACUACUAUUAAUUCUGUAUAUUUUGUUACUACUGAAGAUAAGUUAAAAAAAAGAAAAGAUGAUAGUCAUAAAAUUGAAGUACAGAGUAGUUCAUAUGAAAAAGUUAAAGAUUUCAUUCCAUGGUCACUAGUUGCUGUGGAAAUUGAUGGCAAUUGGUUUAGAGGAAAAUUAAUAAGUUACAAUGAGUACCAGCAAGAUGAUACUUGGAUAGAAUUAAUUGAUUGUGGUUCAAUGUAUCAAACAAAACUUAAAGAUUUAUAUAUACUUCCAUAUUACCUCCUUUAUGAACCAUUGUGUCUUCCAAUUAAAUUCAAAAACUUUGUGCCUAAAGAAAAAUAUCUGAAAAUUAAAGCUCUGUUAACUGAAAGUGAACUUUAUGAAGGUUAUGUUUUUGUUAAUGUUUUAACAUCAGAAAUCUCUCAAAAAAAAGUAGUACCAUCCAUAUUAGUAGAAUCUAGAUUCAAACCGAAGAAUGAAGAAACAGUUUUACAAUUAACAAAUGGCUAUUGCAAUGGAGUUUCUGAGUAUUUAUCAAUUCUUCACAGUUUGCCAUGUCUUAGAAAAGGUAGUUUUAAUAAUACUAUUAAGCAAGAUAUUCCUUUGAAAAAUGGUGAUAAAUGUUGUAUUACAUACUUUGAUGAUUAUAAUGCUAUUUAUGUUGUAAAAACUGAAAAUAAGAGAGUUAUUGGUGUUGAAAUAGUAGAAAAAACUGUUUUUUGUAAAGAUACAACUCCAAAAUUGAACCCUGUAGUUGGUGAUGUUGUUAAAGUUUUUUCACAACAAUAUAAGAUGUUUUUUCGAGCCAAAGUGUUAAAGCCUCUUAUAAAUAAUAAGUUUGAAGUAAUAUACAUUGAUUAUGGUAAUUUAGAAGUAGUUUCUUCUGAUAACAUUUAUAUACUUCCUGAUGAUCUUGUUACAAAACCAGGACUUGCUAUUCGAGUUGGAAUAAAUGCCCCUGCUAAAAUUAAAAAAACACCUGCUAUUGAAAAGAUGUUUGAACAAUUUGCAAAUGAUUGUGAAAUAUUUAAAAUAGAAUUCAAUGAAACAGCCAAAAAUUGUUUGGAUAAUGUCAAGUUAAUAAAUGAAAAAUCAGAACAAAGUAUUAGUGUUUAUAUUAAAAAACUAUUGCCAGAUGAUAAAGAUGUGAAAAGAACGAGUAGUAUAGCACUAAACACUGAAAAUAAGAAUUUAAUUAGUGAUUUAAAAAUUACUAAUAGUGAAGUUAAAGAAAAUUUGAAUAUUCUAAAAAAUGGCGAUUCGGUAUUUAUUAAACAUUUUGAAGACUCUGCUAAUGUAUUUGUUAUUAAAAAUUGCAAAUGUUUUAAUCAAUUAAUGAUUGAUUUAAUUGAAGAUAAAACCUUGGUAUCACAGUCAAAUUUGCAAAGAGGUGACUUAGUCAAGGUUGUGACGUCUGAUACUCAAUAUCGAGCAAAAGUGUUGGAUUUGAAGAAUGAUAUGAUAGUGGUUAUGAAUAUUGAUUUUGGAAACAUUGAUAAUGUGUCUGCUGACUGUAUUUAUGAACUUUCUAGUAAGCUAAAAGAGGUUCCACAACAGAUUAUUAAAAUAGGAUUAAAAGGACCAAUUAUAAAACCUACUGCACCAGUGUUAAAGUUUAUUGAAGAUAUAGAAAAAAUUAAAUAUAAUGUGGAGCUAGAUGAAAAAAACAGUAAUGAUUUUCAAGAAAUAACUUUAAAAAGGGAUAACCUAAAAAUAAGUAUUAUUGAUGAACUUAUGAAAGUAGAAGAACAAAAUUUAACAAAUUAUGACUUGAAGAAAUCAUCCAAAAUUGAAAGAAGUAUGCUUAAAAGUGGAGAUUAUUGUAUUAUUACAUAUUUUGAAGACUUUGAUUGCAUUUAUAUUGGGAAAGCAAAAAAGGAUAACAAUGAUAUUGUUUUAUACAAUUAUAAUCUUAUUUUAGAAGUUAUGCAGAGUAAAGGCAAUCAGCUUAAUGUUGUUGAACCUAAAGUUGGAGAAUUCUAUAAAAUUUUUUCUAAAAAAUUUGACAUGACAUAUUAUCGUGGUAAAGUAUUAAAAAAAGAAGACACUAACAGAUUUAAAGUUUAUUAUAUUGAUUUUGGAAAUACUGAAGUAGUAGAAUUAAAAUGUGUGUUUGAAUUGGAAGAUAAAUAUAAAGAAAUGAUAGAAUUACCAGCACCUUAUGCAUUUAAAAUUCCUAAGAUGGUUCAAAAAACAGAUGAAAUUACAAAUAUAUUUAAUAAUUUGAUUAUUCAAUGUUGUCCUCUUAUAAUUGAGUUAGAAGAUGUUACUAACGAUGGUACAUUACAGUAUGUAAAGCUUAAAUAUGUAGAAAAUAGUAGAUGUGUAAAUGAUGAAAUUAUUAAAAAAUUUAAAAUAGAAAGACCUUUAAAAAAUGGUGAUGUUUGUAUAUUAACAUUUUUUCAAAAUUUUAAAAAUGUUUUUGUAAAUAAAGCUAUUAAAAAUAAAGAUUCUGAACAGUGGAAUUUGGAAAAUGAAGAUAUGAUAGUGACAAUAAUGAGUAGUGCCGUUAGUACUGAUGACCUGGAGAAAAAUCUUAAAAUUGGAGAUAUUGUUAAAGUAUUUUCACUAAGUGAUAAAGCUUAUUACCGAGGAAAAAUUUUAAGUCAAAAUAAUGAUUAUUUCAAUGUUUUUUAUAUUGAUUUCGGAAAUACUGAAAAUGUUUUUUCAAAUCAAAUUUUUCAACUUUCUGAUGAUUUUAAAAAUAAGUCUGGAUCAGUUAUUAGAAUUGGUUUGAAUGUUAAUAUUAACAUAGUAAAUGAUACCAUAAAAAACAUAUUUUCUGAAUAUAUUGAUGGUGGGAUACCAUUGUUAAUUGAAUAUGAUGAACUUUCUGAAGAUGGGUUUGAAAAUUGUGUUUUAAAAAUUCUUUCUAGUGGUAUCAAUUUAAAUGAUGUUGCCUUAAAUGCUGCUCUUGAAUCUUCCAAUUAUGAACAAAACCAAAUGGAAUCUCUAAAUGUCAAUAAUAAAACUGAAUUAGAAAAGGCUAUUAUCAAAUUUCAUGAUGAACAACCAACUUUUGUUAGAAAACAAUUAAGCAAUAAUGAAAAUGUUAUUAUAAGAUAUUUUCAUGAUACUAAAAAUAUCUUUGUUAGUAAAGAUUCUGAAAAAGAAAUGUAUCAUCAGCUUGUUUUUGAUGUUAUAAAUAAUAAAGACUUAAUCAAGGAAAAUAAUAUACAAGUUGGUUCUAUCAUUAAAACUUAUUUUGAUGAACAAAUUUUCCGGGCUAAAAUACUUGAAAUAAUGAGUAAUGGUGUAAAAGUUAAAUUUAUUGAUUUUGGAAAUGAGGAAAUAGUAUCUGAAUCAAAGAUAUUCCAACUUCCUGAAAAGCAAAAAUCUGCUGAAUUCAUUUAUAAGAUUGGAAUCAAAGGAUAUCCAUUAGUAUCUAAAAAUGAUAAGAUUGAAAAUUUCAUUGACGAAUUAAGUUCAGAAGAUAUAUAUAUUGUGUAUGAUGAAAAUAAUCCUGAUGGUCUACAAGAAGCAAGUUUAAGAUAUAAAAAAAACCAUAUUGAUAUUUUUGAAAUAUUAUUUAAAAAUAUGGGAGUCUCUAUAAAUAAACAAGAAUCAUUUUCUAAACUUGAGUAUGCGAAGAAAAAUGAAAAUGAAAUAGUUUCAAGAGUUAUUACCGAAUUUAAUGAUACAUUGACUGACAAUAAAUUAAAAAAUGGUGAUAUUGUUUACUGUAGCCAUUUUGAAAACUUUCAUGAUAUAUUUCUAUGUAAAGGAUCUCUUGAAACAAAAGUACCAAAUAAUUAUGAUGUAGUGGUCAACUCUGCAGAUUCACAUGGUUUAAAUGUUAUUACUUAUCCUAAAAUACAAGAUAUUGUUAAAGUAAAAUUUGAAGAUGAUUAUCUACGCUCUAAAAUAAUUGAACAAGUUGAUAAUGAAAGUUAUAAAGUAUUCUUCAUUGACGUGGGGAAAACUGUAACAGUUAAUUCAAAUAAUAUUUUUGAACUCGCAGAUGAAUUGAAAAUGAUUCCUGGAUUAGCUAUAAAGGCUGGACUAAAAAAUACCAAAAAUAUAGAGUUAACCAAUUGUGUAAGACAAUAUUUUGAAAAUUUAUGGUAUCGAGGACCUAUCCCUCUAGUUUUGGUAUGUAAUGACAACAAAUCAAAUUAUUUAUUUGAAGUCAGUUUGAAAAAUAAGUGUUCUGGAUUAGAUAUUAUUGAAGAAUUGAUGAAUAUUCAAAAAAUAUCAGAUGUUCCUAGUGUACCAAAAGAACAAAGUUCUAAUAAUCAUGUUACAAGUAUUUGUUAUCAACCAAAAAGCGGUGAUAAGUUUGAACUAAUAAGUGGUAAUAAUGCAGAAAGUAUUUAUGUUCGAAAUUUAUUACUUAGUGAACAGUUAAAAAAUGUUAUUUUUCAACUAAAAUCUGAAAAAAAAGAAAAUUUGAUACCUGCCAAAGAACUUGUACACAAUACAACUUAUGCAGUUUAUUCUGAUAGAUUAAAAGAAAUUUGUAGAGCUAAAUGUUUGAAUACUGUGGAGUAUAGAUUUGUUAUUAGUGACUAUGCAAUAUGUGAAAAUUUAAAAAAAGAUAAUGUUUGGCUAUUACCUGAUGCUUACAAAACAAAUAAGGUUCCAGUCAUAACAAGCAAAAUAUGUCUAAAAGGUGUCCCAAAAAAUAGCAACUUAUCAUCGUACUUAGAAAAACAUUUAAAAAAAACUUUUAUCCUAGAGUUUGAUAACACAUCUGAUAGGUGGUUUAAACAGGUAACCUUACGAGAACCUGGUAAUAAAAUUACUUUAAAUGAUGAAAUUUUAGAAUACAUAAAAAAUUUAAAAUCUCAACAGCAGCGAUUGGAAAGAAAAAUAAUUCUUCCUGAACUUACUCAACAAAAAGAAAAACCUACUCAUCCUAUUCAAACUGGAUCACUUGUACAAUUGACCUAUUUUAAAAGCUUUAAUUGUAUAUUUAUUCGAAAUGCAACUUAUGAAGAGUUGCAAAAGUUUAAUGAAUUUGCUACUAAAUUAACAGUGCAUUAUAGAAAAAAAAAAAAUAUUGUUAGUAAAGCAACAGUAGAUAUUGGGGAAAAAGUGUGUGUAAUGUCGUUUAUGAAUAUGGGCUUGUAUUCACGAGCAAUAGUGUUAGAAAAAUCUAAUGAUGGUUACUAUGUCAAAAAUAUAGAUUAUGGGAAUGAAGAAUGUGUUAAUUGUGAUGAUAUUUACGAGUUAGAUGAAGAAUUUAAAAAAUCUAAUGAUUUUGCAUUUAUUGUACAAUUGCAAAACUUGCCUAAAAUAAAGUCAGAAAAUGAAUUAAAUGUUGUUAAAAACUAUUUUCAGCAACAAAUAAUCACUCCUAAUAGACGUCUUAUCAUUAUGUUCAAUGAUUUAAAUCCUCAAGGGCUAGAUGAUGUUGUAUUAAGAACUGAGUACGACAAUAAAGAUAUUACUGAUGAUAUUAUACCUUUGUUAAAUACUCCUCCUAUAUCAGCCAUAAAUAAAUUAAAUAGCACUAAAGUAAAUGAUGAAAUGGAAACUAGAAAAAUAUAUCCUUAUCCAGCAAGAAAACAUCAGAUGAAUAAUCCUAAUAUUUAAAUAAAUAAUUGUAAAUUUUAAUAAGUUAACAUGUUUUAUUAAUGACAUUUUUUAAAUUUAAUUUAAAUGUGAAGUGACAAUAUUUUAUUUUUGUUUUAAAAUUUUUUACUUUUAUGUGUUAAUAUUUUUUACUUCCCGAAGAAAGAUGAUUGUUUUAGUUUAAUAUCAUAGUUGAAUUAUCUUUUGAUUAUAAAUUUAUUUUUUAUACUUAUUCUUUUUAAAAUAAUAAAGUAAAAUAAAUUUAUUUUAUUGAAUUUUGAAGACUGGCAUGCAAUUAUUAUUGCUUAAUAUCUAGAAUAACUAUGAAAAUAAAAAUAAUUGUAUUUUAUAAGCUAUUGUAAAAAUUGUAACUAUUGUAAUUAUCUAAAUAACAUACUUUAGGUCAAAAAGUUUUACGCACUCUUGUUAUGCCUAUUUAUAAUUUUAUAUUUUUAAGAGUAAUUUUUAAUUAUAACUAAGCAAAAUUAUUUAAAAAAAGUCCAAAAAGUUCUUGUUAAUUUUAAUAUUAAAAUAGCUAAAUGUUUAUUUGUUCAAUGAUUUUACUUAAUUCUGUAAAAAUAUAAGUUU